UUUUCUUCUCAAACGCACUCACACGGCUUUAAAGUCUCUUAAGCCUCCUCUUGACCAACCCGACGGACAGCUGGAUAUUUACAUGGUGUGUUUUGGUUCCGCCUAAAAGACCGGGGUGUCCCCCCACCCCCGCAUGCCGAUUUGGUGUCUCCUAACGUCCACACGUCCAGCUGAUUGCUUUGACUACCUUUCAAUUAUUCCUUUCCAAACUCUACGUUUUCUGGGACUCUACCGACAGUCUUUGUGGUCCGAAGCGACCCACGUUCUCGCGACUCGCUUCACGAAUCUCCCGAGGAUUGAACACGACGAGGGCAUUUUUUCGAGUCCUCGUCGCCUUUUUGGAUCGUCGCUCCGCCGAGCGAGCAGGCCGCGGACUCAUCCCCAGCCUCGCGUAGCUUCUUGUGGCCGCCAUGGGCGACACUAGCGAGAGAAGCAAGCCGCCCAGUCUCCCUCCCCGGUGUCCGUGCGGCUUUUGGGGGUCCAGUAAAACCAUGAACCUCUGCUCCAAAUGCUUUGCUGACAUCCAGAAGAAGCAGCCUGGAGAAGACUGCACCUCCAAGGCCAUGCAGAGCAGCGGGAGCAGCCAGACGCCUGUCUUCAGUAGCGAGACCACCGCCAUCUCCACCACCAUCUCCACCACCAUUUCCACCAUCGCCAGCAGCAGCAGCAGCAGCAGUCCGUCUAUAUCUUCAGCAUCGUCAACGUCACCACCCAGCCCUGCAGAGCAGCCAGCGGCCGAAGAACCGUCGCCGUUGUUUGCCACCUCCAGGGAGGGUGUGUCGUCCACAGAAACGGCGCAGGGCACACUGUGCACGCCCACAAAGCGUCCUCGAGAGUCAGCCUCAGAGAGCGAGGCCACUCCUGAGAAGCGGCCACGGGCAGAGGGAAAAGACGGCGAUGGCGAGGAGGCAGGAGCGACGCCCAAGCAAAAGAAACGCCGGCGCUGCUUCCGCUGCCAAACCAAACUGGAGUUGGUCCAGCAGGAGCUGGGCUCCUGUCGCUGCGGAUACGUCUUCUGCAUGCUGCACCGCCUCCCCGAACAACACGACUGCCUCUUUGACCACCUGGGGCGGGGGCGUGAGGAGGCCGUCCUCAAGAUGGUCAAACUGGACCGCAAGGUGGGGCGCUCGUGCCAACGCAUCGGGGAGGAGUGCUCCUGAUCGGCCACGCCCCUGCUCGCCAUCCGGUCCGAGACGAGGCGCUUACCAAGAUGGGGAAUGGGGGGAGGGGGGUUGAGGAACAAUGACCAUGGGGGGUUGGGAGGGGGAGGGAAGAGGAGGACCUGAGCUUGAUGAUUGAUUUUCCUGCCGGAGUGUCUGAUUGGACUCCUGACGAGGCCGCUCACACUCACACAGCCUUAACCCCGCCCACAUCUCCGGAGGAGGCGGAUCCACUUGGCCAUGUGGUCCUCUUCCCUGCUCGCGCCCCCCCUCCCCACGAGUACAGCAACUUCUGGACAUUGAGCUGAACGCUCGUCGUCUUCUGUCGGUCGCGGCCUCCGCCUGGCGACCCGCACCUCAGGUCGACCCCACCUUCCUCUUCCUCUUCUUCACUUUUCUUCCGCCAGCGCUCGGGUCCACGUGCAGGGCUGGACCUUGGGCUCUGAUGCUCACGUGGACCGCUGACUCCAGGGAAAACCCAAACCGUGUGUGUGUGUGUGUGUGUGUGUGUGUGUGCACGUGAGUGGGGGUGGGUGUGUGCGCGCGUGUAGCAGACCCUCCUCUUCUUCCCCCCUCUGACGCUCGGUACUGUUGUUCCUCACACUUAGCGGGAAGUACGACUGAAUUUUUGUAUUCUAAUGAAGUUGUUCACCAAAACACCGCCAAGAGUACCUGAAGUAAUCACAUGACCUGCUACCCUCCUCAAACGCUUCUUUUAAUUUAUUUCUUAUUUUGUGGCUACAAUUUGUCAUUUUAUGUUUGGAUUGAGGCCGUUUGUUUGCGACAUAAUAGAAUCUUUUCUCUCGAUUGAGGCCGGCGAGGCGUCCGCUGUGAAGCCUGCAGGCUGAUCAUCGCUUAGCCAUAACUCCACCAGUGGAUUUCCACAGGAAAAAGACUCCAAGUCCUACAGUGGCGACGUUUGAGCGAUAUCUGAGAUGAUAUGCAAUCCUGUGGUCGGCCUGCAUCCUUGCAUCAGGCAGGCGGAUGUUGCCAACGUCUCCCAAUGAAGGUUGAAUCUGGCGUCUGCUGCCAUCACUGAUUCCACCUGUCAUGGCGCCACUGCUCGCCUCCAAUCCGGAAAAGGCCGUUUCCUAAAUUGACGUAUCCGUGUCGUAUCCUUGCUCUUAAUCAGUGACACGUGUGGACUUGGAAGAAGAAUUGACAAGUUUGUUCCGGCAUUCCGACACGAAAACGAGCAUCUUUUCUUUGACUUGUCACCAAUGAACAAUUGCUAGUCGUUCCUCCGGCCCUAAAAGGGAGAAAACGUCACGGCUCGCUCCUGUGUUUGGAAAGAAAAUGAUUCUUUUUGAGUGCUAAUGAGAAACGGAAGAAAAUGAAUAUCUUUGUGUACCUUUUUAAAGAAAAGAAUUAUUUAACCUUAUAUCAGUUUGAGUUACUUACACCCUAGCAUAGAGUGGCAUAUUUAGUUCAAUGUAUUAAAAAAGAACAUAAUUUGUCCUGUUUUUUUCCUUUUAAUUUUAUUGUGUUCCUUUUUCUGCUGAGGAAAUAAAAACUGGAUUAGAG